UCUCUUCGAGGAAGGAUUCUUUCUUUGGGUUUUCAAGAGGAAAGAAGAAAAUGGAUCUAUCUGGCCUUCUCUGCCAAGAAGUCGGUGAAUAUUUCUUGUACGAAGAAGAUGAAGAAGAAGAAGACAGAUUCUUCUCUGUCCAUUCCUCUGUUUCGAGAAUAGAAGACGAGUACAUAGAAAUACUGGCUGAGAAAGAGAUAAGUUUCCAAACCAAAGAUCAAAAACCGACUUCAGACGAUCUCCAGAUCAAGAAUUUGUUGAAAUGCAGCCGUUUGGAUGCCGUCCGAUGGAUGCUUGAAAUGAGAGAGUUGCUGGGUCUCAGAUUCCAGACCGCUUUUCUCUCCGUCAGCUAUCUUGAUCGGUUUCUUUCGGGGCAAUUGUUGGAUAACGGAACAUCUUGGGUAAUUUGGUUACUGUCGAUAGCGUGUUUAUCUCUUGCGGCGAAAAUGGAAGAGCACGAACCACCAGAGCUAUCUAAGUAUCAGAUGGAAGAAUUCGAUUUCAAAAGUAAGUUGAUUCAGCGUAUGGAGCUUCAUGUUUUGAAUGCGUUGGAAUGGCGAAUGAGUUCCAUUACUCCGUUUGCCUUUCUGAAUUACUUCGCCGCUAAGCUCUGUAGCGAACCUAGGCCAAAAGGGUUACUGUCGAAGGCUGUCAAGCUAGUCGUGGCAGCAACAGAAGUGAUUAAUGUAGUAGAACACCGGCCAUCUGCAAUUGCUGCUGCAGCCAUCUUCGUGGCAUCCGAUCAACAGCUAACAAGGAAAUUGAUGAAUUUAAAAAUGGGCUUGAUCGUAUCUUUUGGAUCUUCAAUGAAUGAGAGUGUGUUUUCUUGCUAUGAGUUGAUGUGGGAGUUGGAGAAGGUGAAAUCAAGAGCAUCCGAUAUCAUGUCGCCAUCAGAUUAUAUCGUAACACCUCCAGAUUAUUCAUCAUCCCAUCCGAGCGACGCUGCUGUCACCUCUGCAGGCUGUAAGAGAAAGCUAGCAUUUGGCGAGGACUAUCAAAGUUCCCCCAAAUCAAAUAAGAAGAAUGAGAAUAAAACCAAUUAAAGAAAAAACCAAUUCCAGAUUUUCAUCUCUUGUACCAUAGAUAAUUACAAUUUUCCGAGCAGAUAACCGAUCUAAUUGAGUGUUUUCACAUAAACUCAAUGGAUAUGACUUGUUCUUGAUUGAGAUUUUAGGGAAGGUAAUUGGAUUUUAGGUUUUGUUUACAUCUAUAGCUAUCAUUGUGGGCAUUCUAUAAAAGAUCAGAAGAAGAAAAAAAAAAAAAGAGGGAAAGAUGAAGGGAACUUUAAUCUACAGUGAAAGCUAACUGAAGUCUAAAAGCUAGGAGAUGGAGGGGAGCCCAAGGAGCCCAUGGAAGGCUGUUUCAUAAUAGUCCUUUUGGUUCAUAGUCCCUGUCAUUCAUGAAAAGCUACCCAAGUAUUCAUUUGAUUGUAUUUUUUUUUCCUCAUGUUGUAUUGUAUAAUCUGAUAGGGGGGGAAAACCAUCAAUGAGGUGUGCCCAUCUUUCUUUUUUUUUGUGUUGCAACCCUCAAAUUGAUGGAGGGGAGUGCAUGGGAUGCUUCUUAUAUCUUUCAAAAGGCUGAAAACAGUGUGGGGAUUGCUGCUGUGAUUUGAAGCACUUGUGUUGCCUACUGGCCUUGGAAAGUGCUGGUAAAAGGGAGGAUUGGGAUUGGAUUUGGUUGAAUGUUUGGGAAUGUCUUUUGGGUGAGGUGCUUUUACUUUGUAUUGGGGCCAUAAAGACAGACAUUGUUUUGGGAAUCAAAGGAUUUGUUUCAUGGU